AUGAAGUUGGCAGCAGUAUUGUCAGUGGUGUUCGGCAUCCUCGUUGCCGUCCAGGCAGCGUGGAGCAAAGAGGACUACGAAAUCUUCAGCUUGAACGACAAAAUCCAGCAGGAUUUGGGCAUCGACACCACGUUCUACUCGUGGUUGGAAUUGGCCCAGGGGCCCAGGGCCACCACCAAGGAGAUCACCAAGGCGUACAGAAAGAAGUCGCGGCUCCUCCACCCCGACAAGUUCGCUGGAGCUACCCGCAAGGCCAAACGGGACGCCGAGGAACGGUUCCAGCGGUUGUCGUUGGUGGGUAACAUCUUGAGAGACCAUUCGUUGAGAAAGAGGUACGACUACUUCUAUGCCAAGGGCUUUCCCACCUGGAAGGGCACUGGCUACUACUACUCCAAGUACAGACCUGGCUUCGUGUUCACAUUGUUCUUGUUGUACUUAAUUUUCAGCGGGUUCCACUUCGUGGCAUUGAAAAUCAACAGAUCUCAGGACUACAAGCGUAUCGCUGCAUUGAAGGAGCAGAUCAAGAAGCAGGCAUGGGGUGGCUCAUUGAUCCCUCCCAUGGAUGGCUCGGACAGAAAGCUUCUGAGCGACAACGGAAAGACCUUCGUUGUCAAGCCUGAUGGCUCGGUGUAUUUUGUGGAUGGUGAUAGUGACGACGCUUUGGUUCCUUUGGACGAAAACGACAUCAACACUGCGCCAGGCUUCAAGGAUUCCUUGCUCUACAAGAUCCCCUGUCACCUCUGGAACCUCACUUUGGGGAGAUGGGCUGGAAAAAUCGAUACCAAUGUCGUGUUUGAAAACCCCAAAAAGGAACCAGAACCAGAAAUCAAAAAAAAGACAAAGAAAACAGCCCAAAGAGGAAAGAAAAUCGAGUUGCCAAACGGUAAAGUGGUUUAUUCCAGACCUGGAAGGAAGAACUGA